AUCCCUGGAGAUAUCGUCUUUACGCUUGUGGAGGAAGAACAUGAGGUUUUCCAACGAGCUGGUGAUGAUCUGUCGGCUGAACUAAAAAUCACUCUGGCCGAGGCUCUCACCGGCUUCUCGAGGGUAGUUUUGAAGCAUCUUGAUGGCCGUGGUAUUCACAUCGACCAUCCCAAAGGCAAAGUCCUAACACCCGGCCAAAUACUUAAAGUCGCUGGUGAAGGAAUGCCUCUCAAGAGAAGCGACGCGAAGGGCGAUUUGUUCUUGGUGGUCAAGAUUGAGUUCCCAAAAAGUGGCUGGACUCAGGAUGAUGCUUCAUUUGAAAGUCUAAAGAAGAUUCUUCCAGGACCUGAUCCUCCAAUCGAAGCGACUGAGGUUGAUGAAGUUGAGUACAACUCUGAUGCUGAUAUUGAAGAGUUCGGGGCAAACUCUGGAGAUCCUCGCGCUGGCGGCGGAUGGGAAGAUGAAGAUGAAGAUGAGGGCGGAGCACAGUGUGCACAACAAUAAAGGGAUUUUAAGAUAUCUCGGAAGACAUCUCCGACGGAUAGUAUUGAGCUCAUCAUGCAAGCGUUUUGAUAACGACCUGCGGCACGUUACAGGGGAACGGAUUCGCUUUGGCACAUAGACAGGCAGGAUGCGGUC